AUGGAGCUAGAUAAAUUGUCUAUGCACGAAGCUUAUAAAGAGUUUUGCUCAAGACACCCUUUAAAAAAAUUAUCCAUGCCCAAAAGCGAUUUAGUAUGGUCGUAUUAUGAUAUUAAUAGUAGAAAUGAGCAUGUAGUAAUAUUUUUGCAUGGAAUAUGUGGGACUGCAGGGUGUUAUUUUUAUCAGUUAGAAAAAUUAUCAAAUUUAGGUUUUCGAGUAAUUUCAUUGCAAUACCCAUGCUAUAAUUAUUUACAAGAUUGGAUAAAAAAUAUGUGUAAUAUAUUAGAAUAUUUAAAUAUAAAAAAGGCUCAUUUUUUUGCCGCCGAUUUAGGAGGAUAUUUAAUUCAACUAUAUGCAAAAUUAUAUCCUUCAAAAAUCGGUUCAUUAAUUUUAUGCAAUUCAUAUAGGCAAACAGAAGGUUUUGCUGCAAUUGCAUCGAUCAGAAGUAUAUAUGGUAAAUUAUAUUCAUUUUUACCUCAUGUAAUAUUAAAAAAAAUAAUAAUAGAAGAUUAUAUAUAUGGUGAUUGCAGAUACACUGAUUUAAAAGAAAAAAAUUCAUUAGAAUUUAUGAGUAAUGAAAUUGAUUUAAUAUCUGCAUCAGAUUUAGGAGGCCGAAUUAGUUUACAACUAUCAUCCGAAGUCGUCGAUUCAAUAUAUGCUAAUGAUAAAUGCAUAACAGUAAUGCAAACACUAAAUAACAUGUAUCCAGAUAGUAUAAAUGAUGAUAUGAAAAAAGCCUACCCUAAUGCAAAGAAUGCAAUUAUGAAAUCGGGCGGUCCAUUUCCUUAUUUAAGUAGAUAUGACGAAGUAAACAUGUAUAUUUUAAUUCACCUUAAAAAUAAUAUUAGCGAUGAAUAUGUUAAAGAGAGAAUUGCAAAUAUGAGCUAUAUUGAAAGAGAAAAAAAUUGUGAUGAUAUUAUAAAUCACUAUUUAGGGAACAAAACAAAAUCAUCGAAUCGCAAGGAAGAAAACAACAAAAAGAAUCUCUACAACGACAAUAAUACUGAUGUGAAUAAUUAUAGUAGCUAUAAUAAUGACACAUUGGGAGGUACCAAGGUAUCUUACCAUAGUCAUUCAAACUAUGAUCAAUACUCUAAUAAGGUUGCUCAUGGUAAUAAUAAUAAUCGUAAUGGUGGAAAUAAAAAUACUUAUUUCUAUAAUGAAUGGAGAAUGGAAGAUGAUAUUGAUGACCCUAAAUUGGCAUAUGAGAAUAAAUAUACAAUGCCAACUGAAAAAAACUAUGAGCAAAAAAAAGCACCAGAAAUAAUAAGUGAUAUGCAAAAUGGUAUAAAAACUGGAAUGGAGAAUGAUAUAAAAAAUCAUUAUAGAUACAAAAAUGAAGAAAGUGAUUUAAAUCCAUACAAAUAUGACAGUUAUAAUUAUGAUGACAAUUUUAGUAGAAAGGAUACUGUAACGAGCGAAGAAGUACUUGAAGAAAACGAAGAUAAUAAUUAUUCAUAUGGGAAUCAUUAUGAAAAUGAAAAGAAAUACAAUAUUUAUAAAAAUAGUCACUAUGCCAAUAACGAGUAUAAUAAUGGGGAUGAUAAGACAAAUCAGUAUAAUAUUAAUAAUUCAAAUUAUAAACAUAAUGAUAAUGCGACAUAUUCAAAAAAAAGUUUAUAUGAAGAAAAUUUCAAUAAAAGCAAUUUAGACGUAGUGAAUUUUAUAGAUGAUGAACAUGGGAAUAUAUCAAAAAAAUCGUAUAUAAAUUUGAAAGGUUCACAUUUUAAUACUAGUUACAAUAAUAAUAGAAACACAACAUAUGAAGAUGUCCCAUAUGAUAAUAAUGAAUAUACAUAUACAAGUAACGAAAAUUUUAACGAUACCAAUCAAAAGGUUUCGAAUUCGGAAAAUUAUUAUAAUAGUGUAUAUGCUAAAAAAAAUUAUGCUUAUUACCAUUUAUAG